GUGUGUCUCCGCAGUGACGUGGGCGGGCCAAGGGCUCGGUGACGUCAGAGGGCUGUGUGUAGCGAUGUGUGUGGGGCUGGGAGCGGCGCCGGCACAGCCGAAGGGAGCGGGCGAGCGGCGGCGGCGACGGCGGGCACAGAUUCAUUAAAAGAAGGAUGAACCAUAAUCCUUGAAGAUAACUCAGCAACUUUUCCUUAAGUAUAAUUUUUGAUAAUAAAAGUCCAAGUGGAGUCAGAGGUGCUUCUUACCGGUGUGGAGAUUUGGGCACCAAGACCAACAGACCACUUUUAGAAGACAUAUCCCUCCCCCACCCCUUCGUAACUGUCUUUGGUGGUAGAAAUUUAAUUUGGCUGCAUCUUUUUGACUUGUGUUUGAAUCUAGGUUUUAUGGCACAGUAAUGGCAUGAACUUUACACAUGCUUUAUUUUAAGAAGUCUAAACCACCAUACAAAAACGUUACAUAGAACUUGGACACGUUGAAUUGAGAACUUAACAGCUUUAUUUUACAUACACCUGAAGAACUCAAGAAAUAAAAGCUUCCUUAGAAGCGUGCCUCUUAAGAUUAUAUUCUUAGUUAUUAGAAGCAAAACAAGAAAUUUUAUCGCAUUUGCAGAAAAUUAUACUAGGAUAUAAGCGCCAAAAUAAAGUUGCAAAAUCUGUUGAGUAAGAUUUCUCUUUGGAGAUUAAAAUUUUCUAUGUGUAACUUAGAAGUAUAGUAAACAUUCUUCAAAGAAGCAACUAAAUAAAAAUGCAAAUAUCAUACAUAAUUGUUUAAGUAGUGUAGCAAUGGAAAACCUUCAGACAAAUCUCUCCUUGGCUCAGGGCUCCAAUAAAAAACUGAAUGUGAUGGGAGAUGAUGGCAGCCCACCAGUGAAAAAAAAGAUGACAGAUAUUCAUGCACACGGAAAAACCGUUAAUAAGGUGCCGACUGUAAAGAAGGAACAUUUGGAUGAUUAUGGAGAAGCACUGAUGGAAACUGAUGGAGAACAUGUCAAAGGAACAUGUACUUCCCUGCCUGAACCUUUAAAUUUAAAUCCCAGUUUGAAACACACGUUGGCACAAUUCCAUUUAAGUAGUCAGAGCUCUUUGGGUGGACCAGCAGCAUUUUCCGCACGAUAUUCCCAGGAAAGCAUGUCACCCACUGUGUUUCUGCCUCUUCCAUCUCCUCAGGUUCUUCCUGGCCCACUGCUCAUCCCUUCAGAUAGCUCCACAGAGCUCACCCAGACUGUUUUGGAAGGGGAGGCUGUUUCUUGUUUUCAAGUUGGAGGAGAAAAGAGACUGUGUUUGCCCCAAGUCUUAAAUUCUGUUCUCCGAGAAUUUUCACUUCAGCAGAUAAACACAGUGUGUGAUGAAUUAUAUAUAUAUUGUUCAAGGUGUACCUCAGACCAGCUUCAUAUCUUGAAGGUCCUGGGAAUACUUCCAUUCAAUGCUCCAUCCUGUGGGUUGAUCACAUUAACUGACGCACAAAGACUGUGUAAUGCUUUAUUGCGGCCACGAACUUUUCUGCAAAAUGGUAGCAUACUUCCUGCUAAAAACUCUUUGGCCCAGUUAAAGGAAACUGGCAGUGCCUUUGAAGUGGAACAUGAAUGCUUGGGCAAAUGUCAGGGUCUGUUUGCACCUCAGUUUUAUGUGCAGCCUGAUGCUCCAUGUAUUCAGUGUUUGGAGUGCUGUGGAAUGUUUGCACCCCAGACGUUUGUGAUGCAUUCUCACAGAUCACCCGACAAAAGAACUUGCCACUGGGGCUUUGAAUCAGCCAAAUGGCAUUGUUAUCUUCAUGUGAACCAAAAAUACUUAGGGACACCUGAAGAAAAGAAAUUGAAGAUAAUUCUAGAGGAAAUGAAGGAAAAGUUUAACAUGAGAAAUGGAAAGAGAACUCAAUCCAAGACUGAUCCACCGUCAGGACUGGAAUUGCAGUCAUGGUACCCUGUUAUAAAGCAGGAAGGUGAACAUGUUGCUCAAACACAUUCGUUUUUACACCCCAGCUAUUACUUAUACAUGUGUGAUAAAGUGGUUGCCCCAAAUGUGUCACUCACUUCUGCUGUAUCCCAGUCAAAAGAGAUCACAAAGACAGAGGCAAGUAAGUCAGCAUCAAGACACUCAGAGAAGCCUCAGAGUAGUAGUAAACAUCAAAAAACAGUGUCUUAUCCAGAUGUCUCACUUGAAGAACAAGAGAAAAUGGAUUUAAAAACAAGUAGAGUAUUAUAUAGCCGUUUAGAUCCGUCAUUCUCAAGUAAUUCUACAAGUAAAAAGAAAUCGGAUUCUACUGCCUGUGAUUCAGUAAGAGACACAAACAAGCAUGCUGCUGCCCCUUCGUCUCCACUUCUUGUCAAGGAUGUUGUUUGUGAGGAUGACAAGGGAAAGAUCAUGGAAGAAGUAAUGAGAACUUACAUAAAACAGCAGGAAAAGCUGAACUCAAUUUUGCAGAAGAAACAACAACUACAGAUGGAAGUGGAAAUGUUGAGUAGUUCAAAAGCUAUGAAGGAACUCACUGAAGAGCAACAGAAUUUACAGAAGGAGCUUGAAUCUUUGCAGAAUGAACAUGCUCAAAGAAUGGAAGAAUUCUAUAUUGAACAGAAAGACUUAGAGAAAAAAUUGGAGCAGGUAAUGAAGCAAAAGUGUACCUGUGACUCAAAUUUAGAAAGAGACAAAGAAGCGGAAUAUACUGCACAGUUGGCAGAACUGAGACAGAGAUUGGACCAUGCUGAGGCGGAUAGACAAGAACUCCAAGACGAACUGAGACAGGAACGAGAGGCAAGACAGAAGUUAGAGAUGAUGAUAAAAGAGCUAAAGCUGCAAAUUUUGAAAUCAUCAAAGACUACUAAAGAAUAGACACUGUUAAAAGAGAUUCAUCUGAGUAUUACAGGGUUCUUCUGUUUGUUGCUUGCUUUGGUAAUUGAAUCCUGAAUAUCUUACUUGCAUGAAGAUAACUACAUAUUCUAUCUGUUUGUAGAUCAGAGAAAGUGAAGAGAUUAUAUAUUAGUACAUAAAUUUUUACAUUUUCCAAAUGAAUGAAACGUAUGUUUCUGUGUACGUUUUCCCCUCAGUCAGCUUGGUAACAGUAAUAUAUGGUUUCAAUUAGUAGAUAAUUACCUAUAUUUCUAAUGCCAAUUUAAUAAUUGUAUACCUUUUAAAAGUGCAUUAUGUGAUAGAUAAUAGCUGUGGUCACUUUUGUUAUCUAUAUUUCAUAUUCAAUUUUAGAUACAAUGGUGGCAUCAUAAUUCAAAUACAUAGUACAAUGCUACCCAAGGAGUUAAAUCUUCAUUUUUCUCAACAGUCUACUUAUCAAUUAAUAUAGUAUAUUUAUUAUUAUACAGAAAGUUUGCUUUUAAUUUGUCCAAAUGGUAUAAUAAAUUCCCACCAGCUUUUUCCUUUUAGUGUCUCUUAAGAGAGAUUUUGUUAAUGAAGCUAUAGCAUACCCAUGGACACAAAGAGGAAGUAUGACAUGCUUUGUUUGUUGCUGCUAGACAUGAAAAGCAGUUGUAAUUUGUCUUUUAUUUUAAAUGUGAUUGUAUUUAGAAUAUUUUGCAGUGAAUUGAGAAAAUUAAUUUCUGAACCUUUGUUAGUGGUAUUAAUAGUGGUGUGAAAAUAUUAAUGAAAAUAUUAAGAAAAACUGAUUCCAUUGAUGUACAUUACUUUCCAUAUGAUUCAUAAUCUUCCUGUAUAGUUUUUAUAUGUAGUUAUGGGUCUUAAUGAAAUUUAUAUAAUGAAUUUGUUUUCCUUUAAAUUAUAAAAUAUUAAACAGCUGAAAAGGUUAUUUUGGACUUUUGUAUGUUAUCGUACCAAAUUUGCACAAAUGGACCAUUUUCAAUUACACUUUAAUGCCAAAAUCAGGAAUUUACAAUCAAUAGAUGCAGUUUGAUAGAUUAAUACAAGGCAGUUUAAUUAUUUGCUUCUCAACGUUUGUAGAUCAUUUUUAGAUGGCAGAAUUUCACAGUUUGGGAAAGGGCAUCAUCUGUACUUUUUUUUUUGCACAGAAAAGUCGUUUUAAAUAGAAAAUUUCACGUUAGUUAAUUCUUAGCUUAAAAGUUAUUAGGUAAAAUUCCCAGUAUGUGUUUUUUUAAAGGAAGUUUCCUGAAACCACCAUUAAUACUAUCCUAUGAAUUUUGUUCUUUAGGUUCUUUCACUAGGUACUAAUGAAAUUCCUUAAGCUAUUUUAUUUUUUAAAAAUUUAUUAGUUUUACACUGUUUUGCAGCACAGAAGAUAGAUACUUUAAUGAUAUAAAUAGAACUUCAAAGCUCUCUUAGGUUAUUGUGUGAUUAUUUUCAUAUUUUGUUUAAUGGUACUGACAUAUUUAAAAAGAAUUUCCCAAAAUGCAAUUUCUUUAAAUAUAGUGUAAUCUAAUGUGUAUUUUGCAUUUAAACCUUAUUAACGCUAACCUAAUUUGUUGAUUCUUGGAGUCUCUUGAAGAAUGAACAAAUGUUAAAACAAUGCGCUAAAGUAAAUGUUUAAAAUGCCAUAUUCUCCCACUGCCAUUUAUUUAGAUUGGGAUGAAGAAAAAUCACAGAUUUUUAUGGUAUAGUUUUAUUUUGGUUGUAAGGUAAUUAUGUUACAAAUCAACUUUUUGGGGAGACAAACUCAAUCACCUAUAAUUUCUUUUAUUUUUCUAAUUUCUGCUGGUUUUAUCUAGUAUGGUAGGCUUACCUGGGUUUCAACUGAAAAUGUCUGAAAUAAAUUGUUUAUCUUUAAAAUACUGUAUUUUAGAAUUCUUAACUGUUUCUUAACCACCGUUAAAUUCUUUAUAAACACUUGAUUUAGAAUUGAGUAAUUUUGUUUUCUAAUCCUUAGUGAAAACUUGCCAUAUGACAUUGUGAUAGUCUUCAUUUUACAGAAGAUACAUUGACGUGCCAUAGGUUUCUAAUUUUCUCAAAAAUAGUUUUUAGUCAGUUGUAAAUAUUACUGUUAAAAGUAACUGAAUUAAAUUGCACCGCAUAGCUUGAAAACUAUACUAGAGAGAUUUUGUAAUGCUUAUAAAGUGACCUCUCCUAAAAAUCUUACCCAUGGGGCUGGGGAUUUAGCUCAGCGGCAUAAGCGCCUGCCUUGCAAGCAGGCAGUCGUGGAUUUGAUCCCCGGUACUGAUAAAAAGGAAAAAGACCAAAAAAAAAAAAAAUCUUACCCAUGUAGAACUUAUUCUUCUGUUCCUUGCAUGCUCGAUUUAUGUGCUGGUGGCUAAUUUAAAGUUUGUUUUGGUGCCAAGUUCACUAGAUUUUUCCUCAGAUUUUAUAAUAAUUCUUUUUAGGAAAAAUAAAAACAUUUGCUCUAAAAAGCUGCACUAAAGGGGCAGCGUAUAAAAGUUAUGCUAGAGCAUCUUUAAAAAAAAGAAAGAACUUUAGCUUACAAGUGAUGAGUGGGUGGUCAUAGUUUCAAUAGUUUAAACCUUACGAGAAAAAUAAACCAGAUCUUUAAAGGUAGUAAAUAUAAAAUCUGCUGUCAGUGAGGAAAGUCUUAACUACACAAAUUUUACAAACGCAACCUUUAAUGCUAUAGGAUUUUGCCAACAACCUAAGUUUGGCUUGUACUUUAAUUUUGUAAAAUGUGUUCUUUUGCUUGCAUUUCUGAGUCUGGGAGAAUUAGGAUGUUUUAUGCUUCUUGAAUGAAUUUUAUAACAUAUUUAAUAUAUUGCCAGUUUAGAUAUAAAAUCAUUUGUAAAUAUUGAAUUAUAAAACAGUUGUUAAAGUAGGUGAAAUAAACCAAGUGCUAUAUUUGCAGGUUGCCCAUAUCUUUUAGAAGUCACAACAGAACAGCCAGUUUUUUUGCACAUCUGUGGUCUGUUUCAAGGAAAAUAAAGUGAAAAGGAAACUGUAAUGUAAAACAUGCCUAUGAUAUUUCCCUAGAAUUAAUUGCAGAGUUAGCACUGAAGGUUUUUAAUCAGCUUCUUAAGUUUUCUUCUCAAUAAGACAUGUUUUGAUUAUUUAGGAAAGAGUACUCAUUUUUUAUUUGCUCAUUAUGCAUUUAAUCCACAUAACAUUGAAAAUUAAUAUAACAAAAAUUGUGCUUAUACUGUACAUCUGUUCCUGUGCGUGGAACUACUUGUUAAUAGUUUUUAUUGAUGCUGGCAGCAAUAAAGGACAUAUGUAUUAUAUGUUGUGAAAUUAAAUAAGCAGUUUAAAAAUGUUUUCUAGUAUAGGAUAUUAAGCAUUUCCACUGUUGGGAGAAAAGCAUAUGGUUAUUUUAUAUUGCAUCUUAUCUAAAGGACAGUUUUUUUUAAUGUCUGCAUUUAAAUAGCUUCUAAACUAUAUAAUGCAAUUUGGAGCCUGUUUAGAAAUAGACUUAAAUGUCUUAUGUAGUGCUACUGUUUUUUAAUUAGGAGGUGAUCAAUUGUAAUAACAAAUUUAAAAAUUAAGCCCAGAAAAGAAAUUAGUGUUUAAAGUUAGUUUAAUGUAACAAAAAUUUAUAAGAUUUUUUUUUCUCCAAUAGAUACCUCACUUGAAAAUAAAGCACAGCAUACUUAAAGUAGUUCUAGUAGAAACAUCCUAUUAAAACAAUUGUGAAAUCUAGGACAUCUUUUGGGAAAUUCAAGUUUGUGAGAAGUAAAAUGUACUUAGCUUUUAACUAUUCUGUUAAAAGUACUUGUUUAUCCUAAUAAUUUUAAGCCAACAUAGCAGUCUUAAAAGUUUAUUUCUGAAUUUCUAACCUGGGAAGACAGUAAUUGAAUUAACUUGUUUGGUAACUGUUGAAACAAAGUGAUUAUAUUGACCAUAAUUUGAUUUGUAAUUUUGCCAAUGAUGUACAGUUUUAUGAUUAAAAUUGCUGUGGUUGGUUGCAUUACAUGACAUACAAAACUGUCCUACCUCACGUGAAAUAAAUAUUUUAUAUGGUUUUACUAAAAAAUAAGACUCAUCUAUCUGGUCACUUAGUUUACAAAUUUGAAUUAUAUUUAUUGAAACAUGACAUACUGUGCUCUUAGCUUAUACCUCAAUUGUAUUUUGUGCUGUUUUCCAUUUUCAUGCCUUGUAAAUAACUUGUAUAGAUUGUGGAUCAAAUUCCAAAUAAAACUUUUAAUGCCAAUGAGA